AUGAAGAAAAAUCAAGAUUCGGUGAAAAAGAAAUAUAGGAAAAUUAAGUUGGCUCUGGCAGAGAGCUGCAGAGACUAUUGUGACAAUACAACAAUACACGGGCUAAAAUAUAUAGCCAAUAGCAAUCUUUUGCUACGAGAAAGAAUAUUUUUCGCAGUUUCAUUUAUAUUAGUUGUUUUUGGAGCUGUUUUCUUCGUGAAUAAGGCGUAUGAAAAAUGGAAAUAUACACCGAUUAUUGUGAGCAUAAAUGCAAGGACCACUGGAAUAACCACGGAUCCAUUCCCCGCUGUAACUAUUUGUAACUUAAACAAGGUUUAUAAAAAGAAGGUUGAACAGUUCUCAAUCAACUCCCCGGAAUAUGUUAAGAUGCAAUUAAUAUGUAAACAUGAAGUGAAUGCAACUAUUGCGAACUCAAUCCCCAAUUGGAACAACUUGAAUCAUUUCAUACAAGAAAGACUUCUUAAUCAAAAAGUUAAGUCCCAAACAAACAUAUUCAUUGAAACAUUUCUGAAUUUUCUAAGAUUUCAAGUGCAUAUUUCAUUUAGACCGGUGCCGUGCCAUAAUUGUAAGGACGCCAAACCGAAUGGCACUGUUUAUGUUGAUUGGACCCCUGAAAAAGGAUAUCCUGCAAACUUACCCGAAAAGUAUAUUCCAAUGCCUGCUGCUGGGACAGGCGAAUCUUUGGGAUUAUCGGUAACUCUGGACGUUGAAGCAGACUACUAUUAUUGCUCUUCUGAGAACAGUGUCGGCUUCAAAAUGUUACUACAUAAUCCACUUGAGUUGCCCGAUAUGCGUGAGAUCGGUUUAUUGCUGUCACCCGGACGAGAAACGAAAGUGCGAAUUAAAACUGUCAAAACCGAAUCGGAAAAGCAUUUGCGUUCCAUGAAUAAGAAAAAUCGCGAUUGUUUUUUUGAGGAUGAAUAUAAUUUAAAGAAUUACAAGGUGUAUACGCAACGGAAUUGUGAGGUAGAAUGCUUAAUGAAUAUGUUACUGGCCUAUUGUGGGUGCGUCACUCAUUAUGCGCCCCUGGCUUUUGCUAACCAAACCGUAUGCAGCAUUUAUGAGUUAUCUUGCGUCAAUCGUGUUCAGCAGCAAUCCAUGGUGGCUAAGAAUGUCAACGCUUGUCCGGAAAUUUGUUGGCCCAGUUGCUAUGAUCUCUCAUACCUGCCGGACUUCUUCAACACACCACUAGCGCAUGCGCGAUUCCAAAGCUCGAACCAAUUUAGCAAGAAUAUGAGUAGUAUUUAUAUGGAAAAAAAUAUUGCCGUCGUAAAUAUUUAUUUCAAAGAGAGCUGGUACCGUAGCAACAAGCAGAACGAAUAUAUUGGAAUAACGGAUUUUUUAUCAAGUGUUGGCGGUAUAAUAGGGCUGUUCUUUGGCUUUAGUUUCAUAUCCUUGGCUGAAGUCAUAUACUACUUUGUUUUGAAACCCACUCGAGUAAUUAUUGCGACAGCUUGGACGAAACGAAAAAUGCUUCGAAAUAAGAAGAGAUUGAACAAAUUGACGUUGUUGGAUGCAGAGGUUACGGGUAAGGCAGGUUUAAUUGAGCAAAGGAAACUUCCGAUAUACGAAGCUAAUAUAACUGCAAGUCGGAAAGAUAUUUUUCUAGUUUCGAAGAAACAGGUUUCGCCAUAUUCUAGCAGUUUGUGGAGACCUGGCAUGGAAUAUACCCCUUGA